AUGGAGGUAAGCACUCGAUACCCAAAGCCAAGAACAGUGGUGCUGAUGGGACAUUCCUUCAUAAGGAGGCUCGGUGCAUUCAUGAACAAUGUGCAACAUUAUGAUAAUUUACGUCUUCAGAAAGAUAGUUUUGAAGUGUUAAUUCGUGCUAAGGGUGGUCUCAAGACGUACGAGCUGGCCAAUUCCAGGGAACUACUCGACUUUCAAAGUAUCCACACUGACAACGGUAUUUGUUACAUACAGAUCGGUGGAAAUGACUUUGCAGAUCCACAGGCAACACCACGCGACGUUGCUCGGCAAAUCAUGGCACUGGCACACUUUUUACUGAGGUUCUCGUAUCAGGAUCUGUGGGCGGCAAUAGAGAGGGCUCACAUGAAGGACUUCGUCACCAGUUGUGUUGGUCAGCUUAACUACGAGUGUGGAGAGGGUGGACAGAACCUGAGUGUUGGUCAGCGACAGCAAAAAUGCUUUGCCAGAGCACUGCUUCACAAGAAGAAGAUCCCUAUCCUGGAUGAAGCCACGGCAGCUGUUGAUGUGGAGACCGACAAUCUGAUCCAGUGGACAAUUAAGACUGAGUUCAGGGACUGCACGGUGAUGUCUAUAGCCCACAGACUGAAUACUAUCAAGGGUUACGACAGAAUAAUGGUUAUGGACGAAGGUCGGAUAGCGGAAUUUGAUACUCCCGACAAACUGCUGCAGAACAAAUCUGGGUUGAUUUAUUCCAUGGUGAAAGAUGCCAAUAUCAUUAGCUAGCAAACUUAUUUCUUGUCGCUUCUCAAGACAAUGCAGGUUCGAACAGCUAACAGCUCCAAUCAGAAAGAGG